CGGAAUUUAUUUCUUCGCCUGUAAAUGGAUUUCGAGAGCAAGUACCACAAAAGCCAAGUGAAUGGAACCAUUUAUAUUACCACACGCCAGGUGCUGGCCAAGGACGUGCAAGAAUCACUGGAUUUGGGAGCCGGUGAGCUUUUUCUCAAAUACAUACACAAGAACAUUUCGCCAGAGAUGAUUAUAGAUAUAGCCAGCGAACUGGGCGAGAUCUAUGCCCUGCGAUACAAGAUCGAUUUUAGUGGUGAAAGCCGCGGGUUUGCCUAUCUCCAAUACAUCGAUAAGAAUAUCAAGUACAAGGCCCUGAAUCAGCUAUCACAGAAAUUCAUUAACAAAAACUUGGACAUUCGCGUUUUUAAUUCAAUCAAUGCCCGGGAGCUGCUCCUCGAACGGGUUAAGGCUUUCAAUCCCAUUCAGGUGUACCAUGAAAUGCGCAAACUCUCACCAUUCAUUAUGAUGCGUGUCUUUGAGCACCGACCCCAACGAUUCUUCUAUAUCUUUGAAUAUCAGAACAAUGAGGCGGCCGCCAGUGCCCAUCGCGAUGUGCGAAACAUUAUCCGGAUGUUUGGCCCUCAGGCGUACAUCUCUUGGCUGGACAGAUGUCAUCCGGUGAGCAGCCGGUAUGGCAAAUCCAACUGCUGCCAGGAACUGGACCUACAGCUCCAGCUGCCCGAUCCAAGCAAGUGCAAUUGUUUUAGAUUUAAGGGGAAUUAAAAGGGAGA